AUGGAUAUUGAAAAUAAUUCUAGUAGUGAAGGAACUGAGAAUUCUACUCCUAAUUCCAACAAUCCCACCCCUAAUUCCAUUAACCCUCCCACAAGUCAUAAUGACUCCAUAUCUGGAACCCCAUCAUUUCAUGGGAAAAAAGAUCCUACAUGGGCAUAUGUUGUCUUAAGAAAAGAGGGCAACAAAAAUGUGUAUACAUGUCUUUAUUGUGUAUUGAGCUAUAAAGGAGGUGGAAUAAAUAGAUUGAAGCAUCAUCUUGCUGGUGUAACUGGAAAUGUCAUUUCUUGCAGCAAAGUUCCUUUUGAUAUUCGUCAUCAGAUGCAAGAAUCAUUGAAAAGUAGGAAAAAGAGAAAGUUUUCUAAUGUACAAGCAGACAUGGAGGAACAUGUGUCUAAUGCUAAUGAACCCAAUGCACCUACUCCAUCUAAGUCAAUCCCUAAGAGUAGUGCUAGUAAAAGAAACCUCAUACUAUUCCAGUUGAAAAUUAUUUUGCUCUUAGGACAACUUCAGGCCAGGGUUAAGGGUCCUAAUGCUUAUGAAUUUAGAGUUAACUUGUUGAAUGAUUGGAAAAAGGAAUGUCAACUACUUAUUGAAAGUCAUCGAUCUAAAUGGAAAACUUAUGGAUGCACACUCAUGGCUGAUGUAUUUGUGAAAUCUGUUGAUGCUUCUGAUUUAGUGAAAGAUGUCAAGACUUUAUUCUCAUUGUUUUUUGAAGUGAUUGAGUGGGUUGGUCCCAAAAAUAUUGUGCAUGUGGUGACUGAUAAUGCUGCUAAUUAUAUAGCAUAUGGCAAGUUGAUUAAAGAUAAAUAUGAAAGCAUUUAUUGGUCACCUCGUGCUGCUCAUUGCUUGAAUCUCAUUUUGAAAGACAUUGCAAACAUGUCUCAUGUGUCACAACUUGCAACAAAGGCAUCAAAGAUCACUGUAUUUAUUUAUAAUCAUAUGGUCUUCUUGUCAUGGCUUAGAAAAAGAAAGGGUUGGAAAGAAAUUGUGCGUCCUGGUGUGACAAGGACCGAAGCCAGAAUCAUCGUUAGUGCCAUCAUAUUAGAUAAUCAGUUUUGGAAUGAAUGUCUUGAAGUUGUGAAGAUUGUGUCUCCUCUCAUAAAGUUGUUGAGAAUCGUUGAUUUAGAUGAGAAGCCUUCUUUGCCUUAUGUUUAUGAAGGCAUGCAAAGGGCAAAAAAAGCAAUUAAGGCAGUCUUCAACAAUAAGAAGGAUCAAUAUAAGCCUUACAUAGAUAUUAUUCAAGCCCGAUGGGAUAAGCACUUGAAGACCAAUCUUCAUGUAGCAGCAUAUUUGUUAAACCCUGCCUUCUUGUAUGAUGAUGACUUUGUUCACAAGAGAAGGUUAAUGGAUGCUAUGCUUUCAGUGUUUGAGUCAACUAAAAAUGAAGAUAUUGAUUAUAUUGUGAUGAUGAAGCAAUUGAGCUUGUAUCGUGACCAUAAAGAAUCAUUUGAUAAAGCUUCAUGUCAUAGAGCAGUACAGAAACUAGAGCCUUAUGAAUGGUGGUCGUUUUAUGGAAGUUCUGUUCCAGAGUUGCAAAAUCUUACAAUGCAUAUUCUUAGCCAAACUUCUUCUUCCUUUGAUUACUUUUGGAUUGCUGAAGAGGAACAAGAACCAGCUCCAAAAUUUGAUGCUGAUGAUGUCACUAAUAUGAAAAGUGCUAUGUAUAAUGAAAAUGUUGUAGCUUCAUCAGCUUUUGAGAGAAAUAAUGAAGGUGAAGAAGAUAUCAAUAUUCCAGAGCAUCCACAUUUGAUUGAUGAUGUUGGAAGUGACCAUCGCUGGUGGGUGAUCAAUGCUGGUCAGAAUUCUGAAAUUAAAGGGGCACGUACCAUGUUCAUCCUCAAAUACCACGAUAACUACACACAAACAAACAAGGACAAUACCGUCAAUUAA